CGAGCUCCCACUAGUACUACGCACUUUGCUUAUUUUAGAGCAGUCCUGAUAUAUUUAGGGUGUUUUUAGCAGACAAACAUAGCGUGUGUGUUUAUAUCAUAUUAAUAUAAACUUUUUUUUUUUUUAAUCAGCAGUUUUUCACUUUUCACAUCCCAGAAAUUGGCGUUCUCCUCUCGGUUCUGACAGCCAUCUGCCAGCCGGGGGAAGCUGUCACGGAUGUCUGGCAAGAAGAAAAGUGACAUAAUAACUCCAGGGGAAGGACCGAUAGAGGUGUCCUACAUCUUCCCAAAUGGAGACAGAUACGAGGGGGAGUGCAGCAGGUGUGCAUCAGGUGUGAUGAUGAGGAGCGGUGCUGGUAAACACACCUCAGAAGGUGGUGUUAUAUACACUGGAGAGUGGCAUGAAGAUAAAAUGCAUGGCAGAGGGACCCUGCAGCAUCCCUCCGGAGCACUAUAUGAAGGAGAAUUCAAAGACAACAUGUACCACGGCACGGGAACAUACACCUUCCCAGACGGCUGUACUUACAAGGGUCACUUUCAGGAGAACAGGUUGGAGGGAGAAGGUACAUUCACUAAUCCACAGGGACUGGUUUGGACGGGGGAGUUUCACGGCAAAGCAGCACUGGGCCUGAAAAUGCAGCACAACGUUUGGACAACAUAAGCAUAUUUGUCCUGCACUCAAAAUCUACAAAUGUACAUGUGUCCUCUUUUAUACAUAGUCUGUAUUUGUACAUGUAAUUAAAUAAUUACUGUACUAAAUGCUGACAGACAUGUGUUUCUGCUCUCAUCCGUGUAUUUCUAUGUAUUGGUGGUUAAAAGUCCAUGCAAUAAGUGAGUCAUGUGUUGCCUGGAGUCACUGUCUCAGCUGUAUCUCUAGCUAUACUGCUGAUCUCUUUGUG